CUGGCAGUCACCGUCUAUUGAGUUUCCAUUUCUGCAGCCUCGACAUCAUUGGCUUGCGCAAUGUCUGUGGAAGUUAUUGUACCAGUCGAAGCGACCAAACCGGUGGAGUUGGAGAAAGAGUCGUCCGUUCAGGUGGAUCCCGGUCUGCUGUCUGCGACCGAUCCCAAUCCAGUGGAUGCCGAAGCAUACAACGCUGAUCGCGAGGCAUAUCUCAGUGAACUCGCGCGUGAAGGAACUCAGGCUAUAUUCCAGUCUCUUUUCUCCCUUCCCACCAAACAGUCCCCAGAUGGACCGCUGGCACAACUUCCAAAUCCCACAACAUUACUUCCCAGAGCCAAGCCACUCCCUAAGCCGAAGCCUCCAACGAAGUGGGAGCAGUUCGUUGCUGCCAAAGGCAUCCGCCAACGGCGGAAGGAGAGCAAAGUAUGGGACGACAAUAAACAAGACUGGGUUAGGAGAUGGGGUAGAGGAGGGAAAAAUAAAGAAAAAGAGGAACAAUGGCUUCACGAGAUUCCGGAUGGCGCUCCUGAUGAUUAUGACCCUGUGGCCAUUGCUCGCCAGGAGAGGAAGGGCCGUGUCCAAAAGAAUGAACGACAACGCCUGGCGAACAUCGCUAGGGCGGAGCGAGCGCAACGAAAGACGCAGAUUGAGAAAACACUCGUCCAUGCUAAGAAGAGUACAGCGAGUAUGGGGAAGUUUGACAAGAAACUUGAGGGCGAGCCAACUCAGCGGGGAGCUAAGCGCAAGUUUAAGUCUAAUGAAAUAACAGCAGCUGAAGAGAAGGACGCUUCUCUUGCUCUGCUUUCUCGGCUAGAGAAGGGUGGGGGUCUUGCCAAGAAAAGCAAAACGGUUCAUGCUCAAGGGCCUGAUGGUGAGAAUGUUCUUAACGUGCGCAAAGCCAUCCGUUUUGCUAGUAAAGGUGGGGGAGCCGCUGCCCUGGCUAAGGAGUCGCCGAGGCGGAACGGGAAAUCCAAUGGCAACACGAAGGGGAAGCGGAAAUGAAAUCUGUUGAUUGUGUUCGCCAUCUCACGUUUGGACUCUGCUCUCUGUUGUUAUAUAUAAUCCGUUAGCCAUUUCGUAGUGUCGCUUGUGGCUUAUUCUAUACAUCAGCCUUUAAACAUUUGGG